GCAGAGACCUUAAGCUAUGAAAGUAGCCCCAGAGAACCUGGACCCUGUGCAGCUUCGGCUCUUCGGUGGCUCCUGCUUCUUAUAGCCAUUUGCCAACACAUAGGACUGGCUACCAUAUCUUAUCACCCAGCUGGAUGUUGGAAGGGUCUCGACCACCCAGAAAGAAAGCCCGAGCCUCCGAUCUGCCUUUUGUGUGAAGCCGGAGACAAGAGCCAUGCCCAGGAGAAGCAUUGUAGAAGUGUGUGUGCAGGACGUGCAGAAGAGACGCAGCCCCAACAAGCAUUAUGUGUACAUUAUUAAGGUCACAUGGUCGAAUGGCACCACAGAGGUCAUCUACCGAAGAUAUAGCAAAUUCUUUGACCUGCAGAUGCAACUGUUGGACAAAUUUCCAGUGGAAGGUGGUCAGAAGGACCCAAAACAAAGAAUUAUCCCUUUCUUACCAGGAAAAAUCCUUUUUCGGCGGAGUCACAUACGCGAUGUAGCAGUGAGGCGCCUGAUUCCUAUUGAUGAGUACUGUAAGGCUCUCAUCCGCCUGCCUCCGUACAUCUCACAGUGUGAUGAUGUUCUGCAGUUUUUUGAGGCCAGAUUUGAAGACUUUAACCCGCCGAAGGAGGAACCUAUUGGAAAGAAAAGACUGGGUGGAGACUCUGCGUCAUCAGAUGCCUUAGUCCUUGAUCAGUACGUGGUUGCGGCCGCCUACGAGAAGCAGGAGUGUUCAGAGAUCAGUCUUCGAGUAGGCCAAGUCGUGGAUAUCAUUGAGAAAAAUGAGUCUGGCUGGUGGUUUGUGAGUACUGCUGAUGAGCAAGGUUGGGUACCUGCUACCUGUUUAGAAGCUCAAGAUGGGGUACAAGAUGACUUUACAAUUCAGCCUGAAGAAGAGGAGAAGUAUAGUGUAAUCUACCCCUAUACUGCAAGGGAUCAAGAUGAAAUCACUCUGGACAGAGGAGCCGUGGUGGAGGUCAUUCAGAAGAAUUUAGAGGGCUGGUGGAAAAUAAGAUACAAAGGUGCCGAGGGCUGGGCUCCUGCAUCCUAUUUAAAGAAGAUCAGUGGAGAACUGUUGGCUCAAAAGAUGGCUGCGGGUUCCAGUGCCAACUCCAGUGCCCUGGACCUAGAUGGCUUCUCCAGGCAGCAAUGCUAUGCUGGGCGUGAAAGGGAGAUCUCUGGUCCUUCAAGAGAUGGCAGAUUUGAUGCACGGCCUUCCCCUUUUGCUGACAUUAAACGAAAAUCUCCUACAAUGAGACAGAGACCUCCACCUCGCCGAGAUCUUACUAUACCCCGAGGUGUGAAUCUCCCAAAACCACCCACUCCCCCACAUGUUGAAGAAGAAUACUAUACUAUUGCAGAUUUCCAGACAAUCAUCCCUGAUGGUAUCAGCUUCCAAGCUGGACUUAAAGUUGAGGUGAUUGAGAAGAACCAUAGCGGAUGGUGGUAUAUUCAGAUUGAUGAUAAAGAGGGCUGGGCCCCUGCCACCUUUAUUGACAAAUAUAAAAAAACAAGCAAUGCUUCAAGGCCAAACUUUUUGGCUCCUUUACCUAGUGAAAUAGCCCAGUUAUGCUUGGGAGAUGCAAGUGACAACAGCUCUUUUGAAGAAGCCUCUGGUCCCUGUAGGCCUCUGCCAGAACCCCCUCAAAAUGGAAUGGAUUCUGGGGCCAAGUGGUCCAAGGACUGGAAGAGCAAAGAUCAAGGGGGUAAAAGUACUAUAACAGAUGCACGAGAACAAAGUGUGAAUAAUGUGUAUGAUGAAGCAGCUCAUGCUGAUGAGGAGGAGAAGCCAAGUCUACCACCAAGAAGAGAAUCCAUGCUGAAAACAGAAGAUACUUCUGAGAGGCCAAGUAUUCCACAGCUAAGGGCUCCUCCCCCAAAACCACCUGGUGCCAUGAUGCCUCCUAGUCUUCAGAAACCAAUUCCACCUAAGGAGUCUAAGAAACCUGAACUUAGAAAUGAUAAAAGCAAAAUGUUCCAGCUGAAAAAUGAAAUGGGCCUUGAAUGUGGUCAUAAAGUGUCUUCUAAAGAGCUCAAGAAACCUAUGCUCAAGCCUGUCGCCAACAAACCAAGAACUGAGCUUCCUGCAGAAAAGCCAGAACUGACAGCUCCAAACCCUUUCCUGAAGGCCAAGCCGCAAGUGAGGCCCAAACCAAUGCCUGCUGCAAAGACUGAACCACCAGCAGAAGAUAAAGUUGAUAUUUCUAAUCUAAGAAGCAGACUUAAGCCAGCUGCAAAGUCUGUAGAUAAAUCAACUGAGCAGGAUUCGGUUGCAGGUAGUGGGAUCAGCGAUAAUGCACUGUACACUGCACCUAAUACAGGGUCUGCUGGCAGACCCCAGGACAGACCAGACAUCAAGCCUCCACUGAAACAAGAAAAUGAUUAUUUUAGGGAGCCUCCUUCCAAAGCACUGCCAGUACCUGUAAGGACUGCAGGUACUGAAUCAAAGCAUGUUACAGCACCUGCAAGAGAGCCCCUACAGAGGCCUGUUGUCCCUCCAAGAAGGCCCCCUCCUCCUAAAAAAGUCUCUGCAUCAGGUGACCAGUGCGAGGGGAAACAACCUUCUGAUUUUGCAGCUGCACCAAUGGCCAACAGGCCAAUACUGUUCCCACCAAAAGCUAAACCGUUCCUUCCUUCAUCAAGCAUUGAGGACACCAAAGUAAAAAAUAGCUUUGUUCCAAAGACCCAAGCACCGAGACUGAUGGACAAAGCAGAACAUAAAGAGAGAUCUGCUCCUUACAUGCCCCCAUCUGAUAUUCUCAAAGAAACCCAUUACAUUGCCGUGGCUGAUUAUGAUGGUGAUGAGGAUGCCAACAGCUUCAAGGAAGGGACAGUGUUUGAGGUGCAAGAAAAGAGUUCAAGUGGAUGGUGGUUCUGUAAGGUCCUCAGCGGUGGUCCAAUUUGGGAGGGCUGGAUACCUUCCAAUUAUCUAACAAAAAAGCCAUAAUGGUUCCUUUUUUUAGUUUACAAAAAUCAAUAGUCUCCUAUUUUCUUGUGUAUUUAAAUGGCAGUUUUAUUUAUAGUUUUACAUAAAGUCUGCUUUUAUACAUUC